CUCUCCCUUGCCGACUACUCACCUACGUCUUAGUAAGUCAAUGAGUUAGCGUUCCCCGCGGAAUGUAAUGGAUCAUCGGAAACCCCAGCCACGGGUCUUGACGAUCGAUGUCGGCGCGUGACUAAGACAUUGAAAUUCCACCAGCCCUACGCGAAUUGCCUACCACUUAGACGUGUCUGCACACAAUUACCAAAGUCAAAGCACUUACAGUACCAUAACACGUGAAUAAGACCUGUGAUACCAUGAAACCCCUCCAACCCCCUUUCGUCAUUAUCUAACCCGCGCGCUUCACAGCCUCUGCGCCGACCUUCCAGUCAAGGGCAGGGCGGGGCGAGAUGAGGCGAAGAUGUGGGAGCAAGGGAGCUUGACGCGAUCGCUGAAGAAUGGCUUCGUACCAUGUCGAAACGGCCUUGUGCCGAACAUUGUCGUUUUUGUGUUUCUUUCUCUUGUCUAUUGUUCCUCUUGUUCGCAAUAGUGUAUUGCUUCGUUGUAGGAAUCGUGAUUAGAACCUCUGAAUCGAUUCAACUUAGUAUACCCAACCCCUCUUACAAGCCUAGCGUUGCAUCUUACGGCGCAUUCCCUCAUGCUAGCGGAAUCCAUAACCGUCAUACAUCACGAUGGUAGUGCGGUGUAAGGAGGUCUUCGCAUUCGGCGCGGCAACAUUAGCGGCGACGUUUGUAGGCGCCGCUCCUGUCGACUACUUCCCAAUCAACUCCCAACUACCACCAGUGGCUCGCAUCUCAGAAGCAUUCGAAUUCACCUUCUCCCCGAUAACCUUCUUCUCAUCUUCUAAUAUCACAUACCGACUCGAGAACGCGCCGAAAUGGCUUUCCAUAGAUAGCGAUUCGCGCCGAUUAUUUGGGACGCCAAGCGACGAUGACGUCCCGUUUGGCGAGGUUGUCGGAAUCCCUAUAGAACUGGUCGCGGAAGACGAGACUGGAUCCACGACAGCAAACCCAACAUUAGUGGUAUCGAGAAAUCCACCACCUAUAAUAGCCAUACCGGCUUCAAAGCAAAUACCCAAAUUCGGAACGUAUAUAGCACCUUCCUCACUACAUCUCCACCCCUCGAAGCCAUUCUCUUUCAGCUUUGACGAGCACACCUUUCGCACGGAAAGCGGGGAUGGCGGUCUCAACUACUACGCCGUGUCCGGCGAUAAUGUCCCUUUACCGUCAUGGAUAACAUUCGACGCCAAGAGCCUCUCAUUCUCCGGAAAGACACCUCCCUUCGAGUCUCUCGUUCAGCCACCGCAGACUUUUACUUUCCAAUUAGUCGCGUCGGAUGUCGUUGGAUUCGCGUCCAUCUCAUUAUCCUUCUCACUCGUGGUAGGAAACCAUGAAUUAACAGCCGAUCCGCCGGUGGUCAAGCUCAACGCGACUCAUAAGAAACCCUUUGAAUAUAAGGAUUUGCAUGACGUGGUACAGAUUGACAAGAAAGAUCCAAAGCCGGACGAUAUUUCCACCAUCGAAGCAUUAGACCUGCCGUCUUGGCUAUCCUUCGAUAACAAGACUUGGGAGUUGAAGGGCACACCCGAUGAAACUGCCGAGUCGUCGAAUAUAACUGUAGCCGUGACGGACAAAUACUCCGACACCCUUAACUUAACGAUCUCUAUCCACUUUGGUCUCUUCAUUUCUGACUUGCCUGAUCUCAACUUGAAGGAAGGCGACGACUUCUCGUUCGAUCUGAAGAAAUACCUUUCGAACCCCUCGGAUAUUGAAGUUACGCUGGAAGGUGAACUGGAAGCAUCAUGGACCGAAUUCAACUCAUCUUCGAUGAUUCUCUCGGGGACUGUUCCCAAGUUGGACUCAGCCAAAUCCGCAACAGCACCGCGCGUCGCUUUCAAUGCGAGUUCAAAGCACACGAACGAGACGGAGGUCAAGAGUAUGAAUAUUCAUGUCUCCACCCCUAAUUCUAAAUCGCCCAAGCCUAGCGGCGAGCCGACGGAUUCCGACUCAGAAGAUUCGAAAAAGAAUCUGCUCUGGUUGCUUAUAAUACCGAUAUUUUUGGUAUUUAUCGCGAUCACUCUUUUCCUCUUCUAUAUUCGAAGGCGACGCCAACAACCUAGGAGACCACAAGUUUCUGGGCCCAUCCCGGGAAGUUUCAUCGCUAACCGUCCUGAUAAUCGCCCUAAAAAUUCCGACCAGAAUAUAAAGGGAUUUGUGGAUAUAGGGGUACGCCGUUCCGAUAGCACAUCAGCACAAGAUAGCCGCGCAUCUGCUCUUGUAUCUAGCCAACAAUCCGUUCAGUCCUCAUCGAGUCUGAGCGUAAACGGAAAUGGUGUCCCUCAUGCGAUGAUGGCCAUGUAUUCACGAGCAAAAUCACCUGAACACAGCGUCAUUUUCGAAACAAGGAGCUCUUGGUCCGCAGGGAAACGUAGUCAAGCAUCCCCACACGGAACCGGAAGAACAGACGAAAUUAGCUUGCUAUCGGACACUAGUCUUGGUGAAGGGGAUGUGCAUAUUGCAGAAGCGCAAUCAUAUACAAUAACUCGGAGAACUCAAGACACCUUCCGAGGACUUGAUGUCCCGAUGAGUUCGGAACCUUUUAGUAUACAGAACACGCCGGAAAUCGCAUAUAGGGGGGAUAGGAGGUACGAUUCCGGCUCAGAUGAGGCGGUCCCACCACCAGUGGGUUACGCCGUACGGCCGAAAUCGGGACAACAGGAAGAACCAGGCUUCAGCCUUCGCGGCGUUAGCAAAAGAAUAUCUAAUUUAUGGAAACGGGAAAGCGUAAACCAAACUAUCGAGGAGCAGAAACGAAAUAGUAUGCGCAGCAACUCCACGACACGUACAAGUAUCUUGACCUCUGGAGUCUCGGGGGUGGGCGAGGAAGAAGCCACAACAAGUACAAACGUGGUCGCAAGACCGACAAUAAUACAUAUACCUAGCAGACCGGGCGAAGUACGGCAAGUGAGUAGGAGGGUGAGCGAAUUCUCUCCACUUUUCGGAGGUCGGCCGCUCACGAAAUCGCCACGAAACUUUGGGUUGACAGCCCAACCAUCAGAUCCGGCUCUGGAUGAAACCCCAGAGCAACCGCCAAACUUAGAUGAUUCUAUAAAUCCUCGGGAUAGCGACACGUCGUGGGACCGACUCGCUCGGAAUUCCUUAGGUAUCGCAUACAAAGACCUUAUUACCGAGCCGGAGAAAACCCUUCCGCCGUCGAAUAUAACCCAAGAAGAUAAUUGGAUUAUCCAUGGCAGAAACGAUUUGUUGUCUCCGGAUCGGUGGCCCCAGCUUAACACGUCUGUUAACAUGGUGGGAAUAGCGCGCACCUCUCCUUAUGAUACCUCCAGCGAACUACCUCGAUUGCCGCCUACGACGGCGUUGGUAACAUCUAAAGGUAAUGGAAAGGGAAUGGGGCGCCGCCCAUCACGAGCUUCCAAGAUAAAUCUCCUUCAUAAUACACCAUCGACUAGUUCAAGAUCCGAUGGAUCAUAUGUCUCCCGAGACGAGGUAUUGCAGAAUAGUUAUAUUCAUAGGCAAAGGAUGCUGGGCGAAAUGCGAGCCUUAGCGUCGCAAACACCAUCCCCAGAAACUGGCUGGGAGGCGCCGGAUCGACCCUUACCCGAGACGCCAACACGGCCCGGUCGAACACCAUUAGCGAGUCGGUCCAAUGAGUCGUAUUACCCACCUGUGGGGGGAGGCGGACAGGGAUCCGGCAUAGAAAAUGUACCCUCCAAAAAUUGGAAGGCGACAAGAAGCAUGAAGAGCGCCAAAAGCCUGCGCAGCGUCUGGGCCGACGAGGAUGACGAUGAAGACGCAUGGGAGGAUAUCCGUCCGCCUACCACUAUUGAUGGGUGGGAUGACGGUGGCGUCGAUAGUAACGAGAGCUUUGCGGUUUAUAUCUAAUCUAAUAUGUACUUGGAGAGAAAUAUGAUACCUAAAUACCUAAUACUAUUAGUUGAACAUGAUACUGUUUUGAUACCUAGGUAUCCCUCGUAUAGACCAACUGUCGGUUAGCGUUUUACCUCUUCCCUUGAUAAAGCCUAUGGUUAUUAUUUAGAGCUAAAGACUUGUCGGAACAUAUGUCUAGUAUACCGUACGGUAGCUUGAACUCGUUCUGUCUACCGGAUGAGCACUGAUAUUGGGC